AUGGCCGCCAUUCGUGAACUUUUAAUUGUUGGUCUAGGGAAUCUUCCGUAUCCUGCUACAAGACACAGCGUAGGGCAUCUCAUUCUUGAUGCUCUGGCCUCUUCCAACGGCAUGUCUCUGCGGCUGGACCGAGUCGUUGGAGGCUUUGUGGCAAGUAAAUCGGACGUCCCGUUCGGUAAAAUUACGGUCAGCCUUACGCUGUUCAAGCCCAAUGCCUUUAUGAAUAUUUCUGGACGAUCCGUCGCAAAUGCACUGCGCAAAACCGUCGUGUCGCCCUCAAAUCUGAUUGUAAUACAUGACGAUCUGUUGCGCAAACCAUCGACUCUAUCCCACAAAUUCGGAGGCUCAGCAAAUGGUCACAACGGAGUGAAGAGCAUCAUCGCCGGUCUUGGCGGGGAAACCGGGUUCCAUCGUCUAAGGAUUGGAAUUGGACGUGAGGGGGAUGCCGCUGAGUAUGUUCUUGACCGGCUUCCGUUAGACGAGCGUCUUUUCUGGAGUAAAGGAGGUGAAGGUUUCGAGCUCGUCUGUGGAGAGAUCGCGAAGAUUGCCUCGCGGAAAGGAAAUGGUCUGCGAUAG